ACGAACAUAUGAAAAUCUAAAUAUUGUUAAUAUGGCACAAAACACUCAACUCUUGACACUCAACAAUGGCCACAAAAUGCCCAUGAUUGGCCUAGGCACUUUGCAGGCUUCUGAUGAGGCACUCGAAGCAGCUCUUGAGGCGGGCUACAGACACAUUGAUACAGCUCCUAGAUACGGCAACGAGAAGGCGAUUGGACAAGUCCUUAAACGUUGGUUGGAUUCCGGCAAAGUGAAGCGUGAGGAGCUCUUCAUUGUGACCAAGUUGCCACUUACUGCGAACGCUCCCAGUGAUGUUCUUCCCAUCAUUAAGAAAUCGCUAGCCGAUCUACAAUUGGACUAUGUGGACAUGUUUCUCAUCCACAUGCCCUUUACUCUAAUGGCCAACGAGGAUGGAAGUAUUAAGAAGGAUGAGCAAGGACUAAUGAUUCCUGAUUUGAGAACAAAUCAUGCCGCCACCUGGGUCGAAAUGGAGAAGUUGGUUGCUAAAGGUCUGGCCAAGUCCAUUGGCGUCUCCAACUUUGACCAAGAGCAAGUUGGGCGUCUUUUGAAGACCGCAAAGAUUCGUCCAGCUACCAAUCAGAUCGAACAUCAUGUAUACCUCCAACAAAGAGAACUGGUUGACUUCUGCAAAGCUGAGGGCAUCGCAAUCACAGCCUAUGCUCCUCUAGGAUCCAGGGGUCUCGCGAAAUUCACUGCGAGCCUUGGCUUACCACGUGAACUCCCUGAUCUUAUGGAUGUUCCCGAAGUAACAGAGAUUGCUGCUGCUCAUCGGAAGACAGCAGCUCAAGUACUUCUGCGUUGGAUCGUUGACAAUGGUAUUAUAGCUAUUCCAAAGAGCGCAAAUCCAGAGCGUUUAAGACAAAACCUUGACAUCUUUGACUUUAAACUGACGGAUGAAGAAAUAGCCAAGCUCGUAAAACUCGAUGAAAACUUCCGUAUCUUUGACUGUGCCUGGAUCCACGGUGCCGAGAGCCAUCCCGAGUUCAGGUUCAAAAACAAGUUCACAAACUAAAGCAGUUAUUUUUACUAUGUUGUUUUCUUAAUAAAAUUUCCUAAUA